AUUUUUCUCCAAUCAUCGUUGGGAGGAGAGAUGUGGUCACAUGAUAGUCCAGUCUUGUUCCGAAAUCCGACAGAAUUGUUAUUUGAGAUGUGACGUCUGGAUUUGACAGGUUUAUACACAUGUGCUUACCGGAUAUCAGCAAGUGUCCUGAAAAGCCGGUGUGGCAAAUGCCAUUUCUCCACACAGCCGGUUUGCGUGCAUAUGCCUUUGUAGGUGGUUGCACGCAUGCAUACGCUGACGCGGAGCUAUUGCACACCGUCUGCGGGUUGCUUUGCUACCUUAUGCCGGGCGGCCAUCUAUUGCACGCGAACAGGCUACGGAAGCGAGCAGGAUGUAAAGUCGGCAGAUGUCGAUAUGUGGUUCAGAACAUCGGGGAGCAUGUAAGUGUAAAAGUAAAUGCGACUGGGCUAUCAUGUCGAAAUAUAUGUGAGAUAUGUGAGAUGUGUGAAAUAUAUGUAAACUGUACGUGGAAUAAAUGAAUGUAGGGUCUGCUUGCGCUUAUCAAAGUGUCAACAAGCUAUAAAAACUAUGGACAACCAACGGCAGCUGUAUCUGGAGAAUAGAAGUGAAAAAGUAAAAAGCAUGAACAUAAACAGCUUAGGUCUUGAUAGCAAAAAAAUUAUGUAUUGAAUAGAAAUACCAGA